UGAUCCGUGAACAAGUAAGAACAUCCUGAUGUGAGAUUUUGCUUUUAUUUCUUGGAUUCUUGUCAUAAGCAGAAUCUUUGCCAAGGCCAUGGAACCAAGGACUUUGGGGUCCUGUUGCAUGUGAUACCACCACAAAUGAGGCGUCAAGGUCACUCUUCUCAUCCCUCCCACUGCUGCAUACUGCUGAGAGGGCCACUACAACUGAUCAUCAUCGGAUGGGAUGCAUGCAGGCUCGCCAGGACGGCAGAUAAGUAAACGAUCUGCCUUCAGCUUGCAGGACAAAUCCACCAUGUCGCUGCUGAUGAUGGGGGAUCGCACUUUGCUCUGAAACUGCCCCUCAGCAUCUGAUGGAACGAAGGAAUAGCAGCAGUUGGGAGGAACAACGGAAUCGACAUCUGGUGUUUGAGACCCCUCCUGGGUCCGUCCACACGACACUGUGACCUGCCUCCAACGACGUAUCCAGUACCCCAAAUCUCCCGUCUGGUUUCAUGGCUCCCUGUCCAAAAGACAUCCCCUCACCAUCUCUCAGAAUGUCUCUCUCUCUCCUGUCACAUCGCAGGUAGUCUCCCUGCCCCCACUUCACGUUGCGUGAAGAUGGGCGUCCUUACGAGGACAUUUGAGCUGAAGAAGGAGAGUCUGGGUCUGUGAUGACUCGUCUGUCUCAUAUCGACGAAAGGGCAACACCAUUCUAUGGAAAACAUUGUUUUAACAUCAACUUUCCACCUCUAGCAAUUCCAAGGAAUCGACUGAGUUUGCUGGUAUCUGAUAAUUCAUAUCAACUCGUGUUAAAGUUUCUUGCAUCUGUUAUGGUUAUCUUAAUAAAGCUAGGCACACAGAAUAAAGUAGAUUUUGGUGUUUGGGUUAUUGUUAAGCUAAAAUCAUUGUCUUGAUUCAUAAUUCAUGCUCAUUGAUUAUUGGGUUAGUGACAUCUUACUCUGAUUUGUUAUAACAACAAAAAUGAACAUCAGGAGGGAAUGUUAGGUAUUUUUAAUUGUUCAUUAUUGUUGUGAAAUCUUUUCCUUUGUCUAUGUGAAGAGUUCAUUCACCUUUGCUGCUUAAAUGUGGUUAGGAAAAACCCUGACCUAGUUAUUUGUUUUCACGUUUGGGUGUUUUAGGAAACUCCUUUCUGCUUUAGGCAUUUUGAUCCAGUAUCUGAAGUUUUCCUGUGCAUUCUAAGACCAAGAUGUUAUUCCAAACUGGUCAGGCAGGGGUUGCACGCUAAUGGUAUUUGUGGGUGUGAACAUUUUGGAUUCAAUAAAAACCCCUCCAUGAGCUCCCGGCUCCUUGGUGAGAGGAAAAUGGCUUCUGUGUUGUAUGGUCUGAUUCUCUCACCCUCUGCAGAGUUCUAUCACUUUGCAGAGUUUGUCUGUUUAAUAGGUUUGUUACAGAUUACUAAAUUAAGAAUCUAAUCCCUCUGUGUGGGUGUUCUGACUUCCUUUAAGGUAAUUUAAGUUUAAGGUAAUAUAAGAACAAUAGUAUAAAUUAAAAUAUGCAACAUAAUAGUGAAUAAUGCUAAAUUAAAUUACCGAACAUAGAUUAAAUUACCUAACAGAGGGACUGGCUGGAGGGAGCAGAACAUCCUUUCGUGAUCUGGACCGACCACAAUAACUUGACCUACCUCAAGGAAGCAAAACGGCUAAACCCACGCCAAUACCGUUGGUCGUUUUUCUUUACUCGAUUUAACUUUGUCAUUUCCUACCGGCCAGGGUCUAAGAACAUUAAACCAGAUGCCCUUUCCCGUCAGUACUCGUCUGAGGAUGUUCCCGUUCCGAGCACUAUCCUGCCUCCGUCCUGCGUGGUGGCGGGGCUCACAUGGGAGAUCAGAGACAGAGUUCUGGAAGCCCUCAGGGUCGAUCCCGGUCCUGGUAACGGUCCUUCAAACAGACUUUUUGUUCCUCAGGUCAUGCGAGGCAAGGUUAUCCACUGGGCUCAUACUGGAAAGUUCUCCAUUCACCCUGGUGUCGGUCGGACUUUGGCCCUCAUUAAGCGCUCCUUCUGGUGGCCGUCUAUUUACAAGGACGUGAAGGAAUACGUCUUGGCGUGCCAUGUGUGUGCCCAACAUAAAGGUAACAACCGCUCACCUGCUGGUCUACUCUGUCCUCUUCCUGUUCCGUCUCGUCCCUGGUCGCACAUCUCCUUGGAUUUUGUGUGUGGAUUGCCCGCCUCUCAUGGUUUCAAUACCAUAUUGACUAUCGUAGACAGGUUCUCCAAGGCUUGCCACCUUGUACCUCUGAAAUCUCUCCCAUCUUCAGCCAUCACUGCCCAGCUCCUGAUCAAACACGUGUUUCGUCUACAUGGGAUUCCUGAGGAGAUUCUGUCUGACCGUGGCCCCCAGUUCAUUUCCAGAGUCUGGAAGGAAUUUGCCAACGCCUUGGGUGCCCGUGUAGCAUUAACCUCCGGAUUUCACCCGCAGACCAACGGACAGUGUGAGCGCAUGAAUCAGGAGCUGGGAGCUAUGCUGCAUUGUGUAUGUGCUACCAACCCCACCUCUUGGAGCGACCACCUGGCCUGGAUGGAGUAUGCCCACAACAGCCAUGUGUCCACAGCCACAGGUCAGUCUCCCUUCGAAGCUUCUCUUGGCUACCAACCCUCUCUGUUUCCCCACCAGUCAGACUCCACCGUCACUACGCCACAGUUUCUCCGCCGGGCACGUCGAGCUUGGACGGAUACCAGAGCUGCACUUCUACGCACUGCUGAACGGAACUGGCAGUUGGCGGAUCGUCAUCCCCGCCCGGCACCAGCCUACGCUCCUGGACAGAUGGUCUGGCUGUCCUCCAGGGAUGUGCCUCUUAAAGCCACAUCCAAGAAAUUUGCUCCCAGGUUCCUAGGUCCUUUUAAGAUUGUGGCAGUUCCCAGCCCUGUGACCGUUCGUCUGGACCUUCCGCGAUCUCUCCGGAUUCAUCCAGUUUUCCACGUGUCCUUGAUCAAACCAGUAGCCAUCAGUCCUCUCUGUCCGACCCCGGACCCGCCUCCGCCUGCUCGGUACUACAAGGGUGGUCUGGUCUACCAGGUUCGGCGGAUACUCGACUCUCGUCCUCGGGGUCGGGGAGUACAAUACCUGGUGGACUGGGAGGGGUAUGGCCCGGAGGAGCGUUCGUGGGUCCCCCGGGCAUUCAUCGAGGACCCCUCCCUCAUCUCUGACUUCGAGGCCUCUAGGACCACCGCUGGGGUGAGGAGCGGAGAGGUACCAGCUGUUCUGAGUUACUCAUUUGGAGCUCAGACCCCGAAAGGCUAUCAGCAAUAUAUCAGGAAAUACAAAGAUAAAGUGGAGGAAAAGUUCACGGAGGGAAACCUCUGCUCCGCUUGGCUCGGUUUGAAGACCAUGGCCUCAGCAAAUACAGCAAUAGCAACACCUAGUGGCAGGUCAAUUCAGGUGGAGAGCAGCACACCGACACCUCUGCCUGAUGAUCUCAACUCUUUUUAUACUCGAUUCAGAUUUACCAUGCAGGAGGUUGUGAAAGCUCUUAAGCAGACUAAGGAGAAAAGUGCACCUGGCCCAGAGCACAUCAGCAGCAGAGUUCUCAGAAACUGUGCACAGCAACUAGGGUGUGUGUUUCAGACCUUGUUCCAGAGCUCCAUGGAUACAAGCGCAGUUCCCCAGCUCUGGAGACACUCUACGGUCAUACCCAUCCCCAAGACCAGCAGGGUUAGGGCUCUCAAUGAUCUUCGACCUGUGGAUUUGACCUCUUUACCGAUGCAGGAUAUGGAGAGGAUCCUGAAACAUCACAUUAUCGGAGCCUUACACCCUCAGUUAGAUCCACUUCAGUUUGCGUAUCGGAAAGGGAGAAGUGUUGUUGAUGCAAAAACAUUCAUCUUAGACAUUGUACACAGACAUCUGGAGAUCCCAAACUCUUCAGCUAGACUGCUGUUUGUUGACUUCUCUUCAGCGUUUAACGCCCUGCAACCUCACAUCCUGGCUGGCAAGCUCACUUCUCUUUUUCACCUGGAUGAUCAGAUGAUCCUAUGGAUCCUGGAUUUCUUAACUAACAGAUCACAAAGAGUUCUGGUUAACAACACUCUCUCAGACCUUCUUUACACCUCCACUGGCACCCCACAACAGGCACGUGCGGGAGGCGUUAUAGUUAAAUCACUGUGUCACAUCCAAAUGAUUCAAAUCCAGAAAAGACUUUGGUCCUAUGGGGAUAAAAGAAAACCACCGAGAUCAGAAACUAGAGUUCAGUCAGCUAAAUCCUUCAACGAGAGGAUAAUUAAGGCAGAAUCAUCUAGCAAACACCCCAAAAACGGCUUUACCAUUAGCAAGGCAUGUGAAAACACGCUCAGAAGGAACCCAGGCUAA